UCCGCGCCCGCCGCGCCUGCCAUGGCCGAGAGCGCCCCGGCCCCGGCCAAAGCCCCCGCCAAGAAGCCGAAGAAGGCGGCGAGCGGCUCGAAAGCCCGCAAGCCCGCGGGGCCCAGCGUCACCGAGCUCAUCACCAAGGCCGUGUCCGCCUCCAAGGAGCGCAAGGGGCUCUCCCUCGCCGCGCUCAAGAAGGCGCUGGCUGCCGGCGGCUACGAUGUGGAGAAGAACAACAGCCGCAUCAAGCUGGGGCUCAAGAGCCUCGUCAGCAAGGGCACCCUGGUGCAGACCAAGGGCACCGGCGCCUCCGGCUCCUUCCGCCUCAGCAAGAAACCCGGGGAAGCAAAAGAAAAGGCUCCUAUGAAGGAAAAAACUACAGCAACCAAGCCCAAGAAGCCGGUGGCAAAGAAGCCUGCCAGCGCCGCCAAGAAGGCGGUGACAGCUAAGAAGAACCCCAAGAAAGUUAAGCCGGCAGCCAGGAAAGCAGCCAAGAGUAGCAAGAAGGUGACAAAGGCUGUCAAGCCCAAGAAAGCGGUGGUAGCAGCAAAGAGCCCGGCUAAAGCAAAGGUGGUGAAGCCCAAAUCAGCCAAGCCGAAAGCUGCCAAGGCAAAGAAGGCGGCUCCCAAGAAGAAGUAA